AUGGCUUCCAAGUUGAUCCCUUCAGUCCCGCGGGUCGGCCGCCAGUUCAUUCACCAGCUUGCCCGGCGCCAAUGCAGACAGUUCUCGGCUGGUCCCCAACGUCGCAGCGACUCGCUCAUGGUGCACCGCAACUCGCCUGUGAACAACCCGUCCAUCCCCUUCAAGUUCAACGAGGAGAGCCUCAAGCUCAUCGAUGAGAUCCUCAAGCGUUACCCACCCCAGUACAAGAAGGGCGCCGUCAUGCCCCUGUUGGACCUGGGCCAGCGUCAACACGGCUUCACCAGCAUCAGCGUCAUGAACGAGGUCGCGCGCAUUCUCGAGAUGCCGCCCAUGCGUGUUUACGAGGUCGCCACUUUCUACACCAUGUACAACCGUGAGCCUGUGGGCAAGUACUUUGUUCAGGUUUGCACGACGACACCCUGCCAGCUUGGAGGCUGCGGUAGCGACAAGAUCGUCAAAGCCAUCACGGAACACCUGGGCAUCACCCCCGGUCACUCCACCGAGGAUGGCCUGUUCACCUUUAUCGAGGUCGAGUGUCUGGGUGCCUGUGUCAACGCCCCCAUGGUCCAGAUCAACGACGACUACUACGAGGACCUGACCCCUGAAUCCACCAAGUCGCUGCUCACGGCCCUCAAGGACGCCGCCCUGGCCACCGGCGCCAAGGUACCCGCUCCGGGUCCCCUGAGUGGCAGAGAGAGCUGCGAGAACAGUGCCGGCCUGACAAACCUGCAAAACCCCGUCUGGGAUCCCGAGACCAUGAUGCGCAAGGAUGGUGCCUUGGACGCAUAA